AUGCCGGCAGUGGUAGCGCGGGGCAAGAUGCGCGAAUCAAUCCUGGCUUUACCCCUCGUCUACGGCACAGAAGAUGUCAUACCUGAUCAAGCCCUCUGGGCUGCGGUUGUCUGCCUUGGUAUACUUGCUAGCGUCUACAGGUAUGAAGAACGCAACGAUGGGCACGAGGGGAUCAGCAUAACUGCACCGCCCGGAACCUUUCGAAACUUGUCAGGCGAAGCAGAUGAUGAAGAAGAGGAGACGAAAGGCAUUCCCAGGAAUAUCGCUAUUCCUCUCCGUCAGAUAUGCACGAGGAUGGGCAGAAUUUUGCCUCACUUGACACAGUACGAUGUUUCCGUAUACAACUACAAGCUCCGAGAUCCUACCAGCAUCAAUCCCUAUGUUGCAAGAUGCGAAAACAUGGACCUGCGGUGGCCUGUUUUCAAUGAUCGCGGCGAGGCGAUGUUCCUCCUGUGCAUGGCCGAGACGCAUGGAUGCUUCACUCAAGGCGUUGAGGUGAUCACAAGAUGUCAGGAGCGAGUCAUGCUGAAGGACAAAGAAGGACUCCUUCGGGAGCUCAUCAAAUUGAAAGCGAUAGUGGACAGGUUCGUCCACGUGUUUCAGAAGAUCAGCGUUAAUCCCAACUCGGGCGAAAAUUUUGCUAAUCCAGUCGAGUGGGGUCAGAGAUAUGCGAAAUUCAGCGCUCCUCUUUCCAAACGCGUUCCCGCACUGUCCGGACUUGCAUUACCAGUAUUCCUUUUGAUGGAUGCAUUUAUUGGUAGAAGCAAAUACGACAGCUUUCUGGGACGAGAAGCCCUGCAUCUCAGAGCCUGGUUGCCAAUGAAUAUUCGAGCGUUCAUUGCCGCUAUCGAGUAUCACUAUCAGGUUCCUGCCUUUGUGAAAAAGUCUGGCGACCCACGUCUGAUGGGUGUGAUGGAAGGCAUUCUUGAAGCGUAUCUAUCGGAGCGCGGCUGGUUCGGGACACAUCGCUAUAAAGUCUAUGGCUUCUUGGAAGUUGUCGCCAAAACUGGACGAAGUGAGACGAACGGCAAUGCCGGGUCGUCCGACAACGUAGGAAGGCCAUGGGAAGAGGUGCACAAAACUCUCUCUGAAUCCAUGAGAGAGCGAUUGGAACCUUUCCGAGGUAAAGUCACCCUCCAACCCCAUGAACUGCGAGGGUCGUUCGAAGAAUGCAGAUUCAAAGCAAGAAUUCUGUCCCGCUCCUUCGUGGACACGGACCCUCUGCGGUCCACGGCCAUGGUAACUUUUGGGCUCGAAGGCACCGGCAUCACCUUCCAACCCGGAGAUCGACUUGCGAUUAUGCCAGUCAACAGCUGGACGGAGAUGGGGAAGAUCACUGCUGCGCUAGGUCUGGAUGAACUCCUUCACAAGGCACUCCCACUUUCACAAAAUUCAGAUUGGAUUCGCUUUGCCCGGCAUCUGAAAUCGGUCAGUCGAACCGGCGGCGAACCCUCUCUGACGGUGCACGACAUUCUACGACGAGGACACUUGGCGCCUCUUACAAAGGAAAUGGUUAUGGCCUUUCACAUGGCACUUCGAGCCUCAUCAUCAAGCGUGUUGAAAGUUCUCGGAUCAGAGAUGUGGCCAGUCGAGGGUUCCAUUGGAGACCUACUUCAAGUCGCACUCGCAGAAGUUCCCUCGACGAUAUGGGACCGAGCAUUCAAUCUCUCCGAUCUUUCGUGGCUUCCAAAAUUGAUCCCAAUUGAGGUUCCGCGAACUUACAGCAUUUCGAAUUAUUCAAAUGAGCUACUUCCGAGCACUGUCGACCUGACGGUUGCCCGCACCGAGUCCCCGUUGGCACCCAUCCUCCAGUCCACCAACCCCGGCAAUCGGCGCUGUGGGGUGAGCAGCGGAUGUCUUAACCCAGAUCCCUCUUCCUCUGGAGAGAUGUUCGAUGACGAAGAGUACCUGAUCGGAAUUUCUAGGCCCAUCAAUUUCCAACUCCCAAGUACUAUGACCGGCCCAAUCGCGAUGUUUGCAGGUGGCUCAGGAAUUGCCCCUUUCAGAGGAUUCUGGCAAGCAAGAGCUCAAACAUGCGUCGGUAGGAACAUUCUCUUUCUCGGCGUACAGUCGCGGGAGCGAUUCUCUUACGAGCACGAGCUCCGAGAAUAUGUACAAAACGGCCAGCUUGAACUUCAUACUGCAUUUUCAAGGGACAGGAACGGUCUCAUUUAUGAUCCAGUGUCUCGCGAUCUUGUCGAGAAGCAGAUGAGUCCUCGGUAUCUCGACGCCACGAUCAUCGAACAAGGGCGGACGGUCUGCGAUCUUGUCAUCUCAAAGAGCCAAGGAGGACUUGGAGGACAUCUGUAUAUCUGCGGAUCCGUGGCGAUGUAUGAGACAAUCAUAACAGGGAUUCGCCAGGCCAUCUACCAGAAUUGGGCGUCAACCAAAGAGUCGGCGGACAGCUUGCUGGCUAAAGCAUUCGCGGAAAGACGCUUCAUGCUGGACAUUUUCAUGACACCGCGUCCAAUCAGUUACGCCACUCCACGCAUUCCUCUAUCGAAGUUGGCACUGAACACUGGUCAUCGUAAAGGAUCUAGGAUGUACAUUGGUGUUCAUGGUGGCGUUUACGACAUUACCGACUUCCUUCCCAUUCACCCUGGUGGCACCUUGAUCGCUCAAGCGAGUGCUGGACUGGAUGCCUCAAAGACUUUUGAUGACGUGGCUCACACCACAAACCCCGAAGUUAUGAGUCUACUGUCGAAAUAUUUCAUCGGCCAUCUUGCAGCAAAGCCGGACUUCCGCUCUACUGAGAUCAGCGGUAUCUACGAUCUCUGGUAUGAAUACCUACGCAGUUGUGUGGAAGCUCUGACCACGUUGCACUUCGAGGUCAACUACAUUCAGCAGGAUGCCCGGACCUGGUUUCAAGGUGACCUCUUCAACAUGGGCGGGGUGAGGAAAUUCUAUCAGUUUCAGUCGAGGUUAAUGCAGAAUGGAUUUUCAACCUUGUUUGGCGCAAAGCUUCAGGAGCUGCAUCUCAAGCUCACAUUCGCGCUGGUCAAUUCUGGCACGCCCGAGACUCGAGUGCCGGAUGUCAUUGGCGUCAUCACCCGAGCGCAAGCCUCUGCUCCCGCGGCUACUGCCGCCAAAGAAAUCGCGCAAAUCGGUUCAUUUGUCUGUAAUAACCAGCAAGCCCAAUUCCAAGAAAACGGGAUCCUGCAGUACGCCCGUGCAGUGACCGAAUUGGAUGUCCGGUUUCUGGAAGAAAUUCGUGAGGAUGUUUGCAUGGGUAUGGACGCCUUUGAUGUCAUCGAGUGCAUCGAGUCUGGUACAGAUAAACACAAAUUGGUCAGUCUUAGCACAUACCUACUCUCGGUCCUGGAGCGUGUUGCUGAACGCCUCGGCACAUUUUACUCGAGGCUGUCAAGAGAAUCCAUCUAUCACCCGGAAUUGGAGAAGAAUCCCGCGAGGACGAGGUGGAAUGUGCUAAAAAGGAAGAUACAUGAUGGAUCGUUCUUCAUCCUGGCUCAAGCUUCAGCAUUUAGCGGUGCGAGCCAUGCGACAAAGCCAUUCCGCUCCACGCGAUACGCGGACCAGGAUAUCGUGUUUGCCCAGGUUGUCUCACAGGCUCAGCAAGCAAUCGACGCCGGUCAGCCACAUGUUGGAAGAGAUUCAAAUCGAAGUCCGAACACGGUCUCCACUCGUCCAGUUCGUCUGGCCGAUUCACACACCGCCAGGGCUGCCCAUCGCCUCGAUACUCCGUCAUCUUACGAGAUCCAUGAGUCGCGCAAUGCACUUCAAUCGAUCUCGACCUUUAUGGAUUCGAAUAUGCAUUCCAUCAAGCGGUUGAGUCAAUUACCGUCGGACCUGAGUUUUGCAAACAUUGUGGCAGCGUACGGCACCAACAGUAAACGGUUACCAUCAGUGCCGUCUCUGGAGGAACAUGACGAAGGGCGUCCGGGACCCGCAGAACAUCAACGCGGAGGUUCACAAUCAUCCUAUAUCAGCAACUGGCCUCUUCCCCGAACGACAACCGUGAAACCUGGAUCAAGGACCUUGAACAAUCCUCUAGCAGACCAUAAGCCACGACUCGUGCGGAGACCAACGAACGGGUCCAUUUCUAGCGUUAAUGGACUUCCACAUAAUCCCGCACCCAGUGCCCAAAGCCAUGCAUCAUUCAUAGGGAGGCCGGUCCUCCGAGCGCCGGAUGCCCCUCAAAAUGCUGCUAGGCCACCCCCUCGACCUUUUUUGUCGAACUUGACAAGUCGAAGUCGAUCUCAGUCUCGGAGCAGAAGUGAUUCCGAGAAUAGCUUGAGGCAUGACGGGUCUGUGGUUACCUCAGCCAGGACCUUGGAAGGGCCUGUUACAAACCUGCAUACCAAACUCAUGCGACGUCAGCUAUCUAACGCGUCGGCCCAAAACAAUAGUGUGCUCGAGGCUGAGGCCACGUCCAGCGGUGCACUGGCUCAGUCCCAGUUCUGGCAAAGCCCCAAGACAUCGACUAUGCCAAUUCUUCCCCAAGGAGCUCCUCCAGAAGGUGGUAAUGAACGACUUUUGCAGCAGAGGCAACAGCAGAACGAGAUGAUCAUGAUGGGCGAAGCCCGCGGCACCCUGGCGGCACCCGGGAGGAUCCCACCAUUCAGUGGUUUGAGAGUAUUGAAACUAGCGACUGCAACAGAAAUGGGAACGAGGCAAGCAGCAGGAAGAGAGGGGUCUGGACCCCCUGAUCUUUCUCCGGGAAAUGCAAUGGGCAGCAUCAGAGCGACACCCCUGCCGCUCAAUGUACGAUGA